AUGCCGACCGGAGCCCCCGGCCCCGCCUCCCCCCGGAAGCCCCCCGAGCCGGCCCAGCCCGCGGCCACCGCUGACACGGGGGUUCCGACUGACGAGGCCGCUGGGUGCUCUGGCCGACCCCACGUGCUGUGGCCCCGUCCGCGCUCACGCCCUCUGCUUCGCCCGCAGCCCAGGACCGGCCUCGCCCGGCUGCACCACGAGGGGCCGGGCGGCGCCUGUGACGUCCGCCUGAGGCUGACAAAGGACGUCCUCACGAUCCAGAAGCAGGACGUGGUCUGCGUCCGGGGCGGCAGCCACUGCGCACACCACAGAACUGUUACGCUUCGCAGACAGCCCGGUGGCAGCUUGGGUCUGAGCAUCAAGGGAGGCGCUGAGCACAGGGUCCCUGUCGUCAUAUCGAGGAUGUUCAGAGGCCACACAGCCGACCGGACGGGGAUGCUGUUCGUGGGAGACGCCAUCCUGCAGGUCAACGGCAUUAACGUAGAAAACGCGACCCACGGAGAGGUGGUGCACCUGCUGCGAAGCGCCGGCGACGAAGUGACCAUCACCGUCGAGUAUCUCAGGGACGCGCCGUCGUUUCUGAACCUCCCGUCAGGGUCCCCGGGGCCGGCCGGCGACCACGGCAGCGGGGCCUGCUCCCCCCUGUUUGACAGUGGCCUGCACCUCAACGGCGACCCCAGCAGCACAGCUCCAUCGUCACCCUCCUCGCCCGUAGCUAACGAACCAAAAUACGAGAAGCGCUGGCUAGACACGCUGUCCGUUCCUCUGUCUAUGGCUCGAAUCUCAAGGCACAAGGCUGGAGCGGAAACGUUAAGGUGCAGCGCGUUUGAGGUGCUGGCUCUGGACGGGGUCAGCACGGGGAUCCUGCAGUUCCGCUCGGCCCAGGAGGGCGCCGCCUGGCUGAGAGCCGUGUCUGCGAACAUCAGGGACCUGAUGCUGCAGAGUGUGAGGAUGGCGAACAAGUGCUGUUCCUCCUGUGACCAGGUUGUGCACAUGGGGUGGGUCAUCGAGAGACUCAAAGACACCGGCUCCUGCCAGACCUGCUGUUCCAAGUUCCUAGUGCUGAAAGGCUCGUCCCUGCACGUGUUCAGCACGCCGCCGGUGAGCACGUUAGACUGGGGACGAGCAGAAGAAACCUACAACCUCUGUGAGGUCCUAUUUAAACUCCACAAGCUCUGGCUCCCUGACGACUGCUGGCUGCACGCGGACUCCGGCCUGGAGCCUUGGGGCGUCGAGGACCCGCAGCCCUACUGCUUCAGCGUCCUGGUCGGCCACGGCCAGAGCCGCCGCUUCAGCGUGGAGCUGGGCAGUGAGCUGGCCGCAUGGGCGACGUCUUUCCAAAGAGCCACCUUCAUGGAAGUGCAGCGAGCAGGGUCCAGGACGUACACGUGCAGCUGGCAAGGAGACCCCCUGUGCUUCACGGUGGAUUUCGCCUUGGGCUUCACCUGCUACGACAGCAAGACAAAGAAUGUGCUCUGGAGAUUUAAGUUUUCCCAGCUCAAGGGAUCUUCAGAUGAUGGAAACACCCGAGUGAAGCUGCUCUUCCAGCACCUCAACAGCCGACAGAUAGAGGUGAAGGAACUUGAAUUCCAGGACCUGACGGCCGUCCUGCACUGCGUUCACGCCUUCCUCGCAGCAAAGGUGGCCUCCGUGGAUCCCGCCUUCGUGGACAGCCAGAGCAUCGGAGGAAGGCGCUUCUGUUGAGUGCUGAACGUUAAAUUAUUUUAAGAAAUAACUCUUUUCCUGCAACUGUUGCAACUGUGUGUGAUUUUAUAACGAGCCUAUAGUUGUGAUACCAAUAAAA